AUGACCAGUCUUCCAGUAGAUUUAAACAAAGAACUAGCCCGCAGAGCAAAUGAUCCACAGACUGAAACAUGUGGAAUUUGUUUAGAUGAAAUAUUGGACCCAAAGGUUUUAGAUAAAUGUGGUCAUAAAUUCUGUCAAGGUUGUGUAAAGCAUGCGUUUGUAUGUAAACCAGUUUGUCCAGAAUGUGGUAUGAUUUAUGGUGUUAUAAUUGGAGAUCAGCCUCGUGGGGGUAAAAUGAUACAUAAGCUUAUUACCUCUCAUAAAUUAGAAGGAUAUAAAGAUGCUGAUGGUAUUUUGGAGAUUAUUUAUACUUUUAAUGAUGGAAUUCAGCAGGAUAAUCAUCCAAAUCCUGGUCAACCAUAUUCUGGUUUGAGACGUAAGGCCUACUUACCAAACAAUAAGGAAGGACAAGAGAUAUUACAGAUGUUAUAUAAGGCCUUUGAUGCUAGAUUGAUAUUUACUAUUGGUGAAUCAAGAACUACUGGACAGACUGGUGUAUUAACUUGGAAUGAUAUCCAUCAUAAAACUAGCAUUACUGGUGGUGCUCUAAGCCAUGGUUAUCCAGAUCUAGGUUAUUUAAAGAGAGUCCGAGAAGAAUUGGCUUUAAAGGGCAUAAAGAAAUAG